AUGUCGAAGGUCGUUCGGAGUGUCAAGAAUGUCACAAAAGGAUAUUCCUCGGUGCAGGUCAAGGUCCGAAAUGCUACUAGCAAUGAUCCUUGGGGCCCAACCGGCACCGACAUGUCCGAGAUUGCGGCCAUGACUUUCGGGAGCCCGAACGAGUUCUACGAGAUCAUGGACAUGAUCGAUAAGCGUCUCAACGAUAAAGGCAAGAACUGGCGCCACGUGCUUAAAUCGUUGAAGGUACUGGACUACUGUCUGCAUGAGGGAUCGGAGUUGGUCGUCACAUGGGCACGCAAGAAUGUCUACAUUAUCAAAACCCUGCGCGAGUUCCAAUAUGUUGAUGAAGAGGGCCGGGAUGUGGGACAGAAUGUGCGCGUGGCGGCCAAAGAACUCACUGCACUGGUUCUGGACGAGGACCGAUUGCGCAGCGAACGAUCGGAUCGCAAGCUCUGGAAGACUCGUGUGAACGGCCUCGAUGAUGGCUAUGGAGGAUCUGGAAGCGAACCGCCCCGCCGGGAACGUCGAAAGCGUCACGACGAUGAGGACGAUACCGAAUACCGACUAGCAAUUGAAGCCAGCAAGGCCGAGGCCGAGGAGGAGCGCAGGCGUCGGGCUAAGGAUGCGAACAAUGAGGAAGAUGAGGAUCUGGCCAAAGCCAUCAAGCUUAGCCGGGAAGAAGAAGAGCUACGGAAGCGGGAGUUGGAGGAAAACAACGCACACGCACUCUUCGACGACACCCCCGCACAGGUUCAACCGACUGGAUACAACCAGGGAUACCAGCAGCAGGGUGCCGUGGACUGGUUUGGCAACCCAAUCAAUGUUCAGCAACCCAUGACAACUGGAUUUUUGAACAACCAAUAUGCGCAGCCGACUGGAUUCCAAGGCCAGCCUACAGGCAUGAAUCCUUACCAAAAUGGAUUCCAGCAGCAGCAACCCGGCGUUUUUGACCAGAGUGCCUAUGGACAGCCUCAAAACAACUUUUUGCAGCCCCAGGCUACUCUCCAACCCCAGCAAACCGCAUUUAGCACCAACAACCCAUAUGGACCCCCGGAUGUCUUCGGACAGCAACCUCAGCAGCAACAGCAGCCUCAGGAAAACUACCAGUCCGCUGGUAGCAACAACCCCUGGGCUGCUAACCAGCCUGCGGAUGCAUUGAAGCCCAUGCCAACUGGCUCAAACAACCCCUUCGCUCAACGCACUCAGCCCCAGUUCACCAACCCGCCCCCGAAGACUGGACCUCCAUCCCUCAACACCCUGGCCGAAGAUCGCGCUACCAACCAAUUUAACAACAACCAAUAUAGCCAGAUGAACACAUCCCAGUUCAACCAACAGCCCAGUCAGCCCAACCCAAUCGCCAAUUUCCAGGCCCCACAGCCACCAAAGAGCACUCCCCCGCAGCCUUCAGACCCUCAUCAUGCUCGCCUGAAUGCUCUCCUUGCAUCGGGAGAGGGCCAGGAUACUUUCGGCAACGUUGGAGACCUGCGAAUCCCCGCGCAACACACGGCACCGGGCACAUUUGUCAACUCUGCUGGUCAGGGCCUGGAACGUCUGCGCGUCGCUCAGACCGGAAACAACCCAUUUUUCGGUCAGCAGUACACUGGCGUGCCCCAACAGACAGGGUUUGUGCAGCAGCAGCCGAACAGCAACCCUUGGGGUGGCCAGCAACAGCCACAGCAGCAUGGCGGCAGCUUGAUCGAUCUGUAG